CGCUUCCUUUUUGUCUUCCAACAAGAGAGAGGCUGGCGGACAGACUGAGCGGUUGCUCUGCGAGUGUAUAUUUCACCAAGCUGGGUGAGAUCUCCAAAAUUCAGGGCAAAGAUCUCUUCACAAGGAAGUCAUGCCAGAGAACAAUGAAAACAUGGCCUCUGUAGCAGGUGAUGGGAAGGAUAAUGAGAUUCAUGAGGAGCCAUCUUUGGAUUCAUUGAAAACAAUCAAGCAUGAAGUGGGGAAAAAUACAUUUGGAAACCAAAGGACAUCAAAAAGGCAGGACAGAAUGCGGUCAAAGAAUUGUAGGAAGAAAUACUCUGCUUCUCCAUGUUCAGGCCACCCUCAAUUUCCACCAGAUACUGAAAGAGUGAAAAAGUGUCCAGUGUGCGGGAAAAUGUUCAAAGACAAAUCAACACUAAAUAAUCAUCGCAGGACCCACACAGGGGAGAAACCCUAUAAAUGCAUGCAGUGUGGAAAGGGCUUCAGUGUGAGUGGUAACCUUACUAUCCAUCAAAGAACCCACACAGGAGAGAAACCAUUUCAAUGUAUGGAAUGUGGAAAGAGCUUCAGUGUCAGCUGUAACCUUACUAAACAUCAAAGAACCCACACAGGGGAGAAACCAUAUAAAUGUACGGAGUGUGGAAAGUGCUUUAGUGAUAGCGGAAGUCUCACUUCACAUGAAAGGAUCCACAGAGGGGAAAAACCUUAUAAAUGUAUAGAAUGUGGAAAAGGCUUCUGUGUGAGCAAUAGCCUUAUUGCACAUCAAAUAAUCCACACUGGGGAGAAACCAUAUAAAUGUAUGGAGUGUGGAAAGUGCUUCAGCCAAUGUGCAAACCUAAAUACACAUCAGAGAACCCACACAGGCGAGAAGCCAUAUAAAUGUAGGGAGUGUGGAAAGUGCUUCACCCAGAGCGUAAAUCUAAAAACACAUGAAAGAACUCACACAGGAGACAAACCAUAUAAAUGCUUACUGUGUGGAAAGUGCUUCCAUGGCAGUGGAAGCCUUACUAAACAUAAAAAAAUGCACACUAUGGAGAAACCAUAUAAGUGCAUGGAAUGUGGAAAAGGCUUCAGUGUGAGUGGUAGUCUUACUCUACAUCAAAGAAUCCACACUGGGGAGAAACCAUAUAAAUGUAUGGAGUGUGGAAAGUGCUUCAGCCAAAGUGCAAACCUUAAAACACAUCAAACAACCCAUACAGGAGAGAAACCUUAUAAAUGUGUGGAGUGUGGAAAGAGCUUCAUUAAUAGUGAAAAGCUUAGUUCACAUCACAGAACCCACACAGGGGAGAAGCCAUUUAAAUGCAUGGAGUGUGGAAAAUGUUUUAGCCAGAGUGCACACGUUAAUACACAUCAAAGAACUCACACAGGGGAGAAACCAUAUAAAUGCUUAAUGUGUGGGAAAUGCUUCCAUGAUAGUGGAAACCUUACUAAACAUCAAAGAACCCACACAGGGGAGAAACCUUAUAAAUGCAUGAUAUGUGGAAAGAGCUUUAGUGUGAGCAGCACCCUUACUUCACAUCAGAGAACUCAUACAGGAGAGAAACCAUAUAAAUGCUUAGUGUGUGGGAAAAGCUUCAGUCAGAGUGGAAGUGUUACUACUCAUCAAAGAACCCACACAAAGAAACAACUAUAUAAAUGCAUGGAGUUUGGAACAAGCUUCAAUCUUGAUUGAAAGCUUUCUUGGCAUCAAGAAAUGUGAGAAGAAUAUAAAUGCCUAAGGGAACCUUUCCCACCCUGGCUUCCCACAGAAGUUGUUGUAUUCCAACUCUAAUAUGGCCCAUGAUCAUCAAUAAAGAUCUUAGUAUGGAUCAAAAGAAAUUGCAUAAGAGAGACCCCUGGGUAGUGGAAAGAGCACAGCAAAAUGGUUACAAAAUAUUCAAAAAACAAAGGGAGGAAAUAAUAAAUGUACAAAUUAAGAAAGAUUUAGAUAGAGUGGUUUCUUAUUUAAUGUAGGCAGGAGUGGAAUUAUUUAAAUACAUGCACUCUGAGAACAGACUUGCUACACAGGAAAGAACCCACACAGGAAGGAAGCCAUAUGAAUGGUAUAUGAAAUGAGUUUCGCAGGGGACAUCAAGGAAUCCACAUAAGAAAGAAACAUCUGGAAUGCGUGUGAUGCAGAAUCAACACAAAUCAUCUUAGACCAGGGGUCCAAAAACUAAGGCCCGGGGGCCGGAUGUGGCCCAAUCGCCUUCUAAAUCCGGCCCGCGGACGGUCCGGGAAUCAGCAUGUUUUUACAUGAGUAGACUGUGUCCUUUUAUUUAAAAUUCAUCUCUGGGUUAUUUGUGGGGCCUGCCUGAUGUUUUUAUAUGAGCAGAAUGUGUGCUUUUAUUUAAAAUGCAUCUCUGGGUUAUUUGUGGGGCAUAGGAAUUCGUUCAUAUUUUUUUCAAAAUAUAGUCCGGCUCCCCACAAGGUCUGAGGGACAGUGGACUGGCCCCCUGCUGAAAAUGUUUGCUGAUCCCUGUCUUAGACUUUAGAGAACCUACACGGAUGAGAACCCACUGGCAUGCUUCUGUGACAAAUUCUUUGAUAUUUUAGGAUGUAUUAAGAUUAUGCUUUUCUCUGUUUCCCCCAAAUACAGUAGGUAUUCGUCACUCAUGCUCCUGGGGUUAUCCUUCCAUCAGUGUGCCUGCAUUAGAAUUUGCUCUUUGGAUUACAGUUUUUAUUUGUGCAGCAAGGAAGGUUGUCCAUUGGGAACACACACUGCAUGGUAAAUGUCUUUGGAAAAUGCCCCCUACACCCACAUCCAAGGUUAAUGGGGUGGAUUAAAAAGAGAGGAUAUGAAUAGUAGGAAAUAAUUAGUUGGUUGUAAAAUUGGACAGUGUAGAUUAAAUUAGCAGAAGAUGGGAGUAGGCAGGUUUGAGAAAGGAAGCAGUGAGGCUAAUAAUGUGUUGCAGUAAUUAAUGGGGGAAGGAAAUGUGUGACCAGUCUGUAUUUGAGAGAGGGGACCAAGUUUAUAAAAGCUCCAGUUGUUAGAUGGUGUAGAAGUAGUCGUAAUAUAUAUGGUGGCUGAUUUCCCAUCUUCCCUAGUUUUCUGGAUCCAUUUCUUAGGUGCAUUUCUGAGACCCACUGCAUACUUUCCAACACUGGUUGAGAUUCACCUAAUCAAUCCCAUCAGCAGAAGUCAUGUGUAAUGGGGGUGGCCCCACCCAAGCCCCCAAAAUUGGCUGAAGCGGCAGUUCAGGAGAAUCGCCAAAGUAGAGCAUAGGGGGAGGGGGAGGUGUUGCAACCAGCUAGCUGGAAUGCUUGUGCAGAUGAAACAUUUGUAAUGGCGCAACAUUGAACUCCAUCCUUUGCAAAUUGCAUUUCCUGUCAAAGUUACUUUAGAGAUUAGAGGUUGUUGGUGAUUUGUGUGUGGUCCAUUUUUAAUGUAACGGUUGAAAUGUAAUUUUUUAAAAAUGGAUCAGUUGCACCUGAAAACUUCACUACUAAUGUUUAUCUUCUUUUUAAAUUAAUGCUUUAAAUACACAAAGAAUAAAAGAUUCAAGUGGUGAA